AUGUCGACGGCCGCCGACAUCCAGGAGAAGAUUGCCGCGGCACGAAGGGAGGCCGAGACCCUCAAGGAGAAGAUCCGCGCCAAGCGGGAACAGCUCGCCGACACUAGCCUGCGCGCCAUGGCGGCCGAGAUCGACCCGUUGCCGCGGAUAGCGAUGCGCCCGCGGCGAACGCUCAAGGGCCACCUCGCCAAGAUCUACGCCAUGCACUGGGCCCAGGACAAGCGGCACCUCGUCAGCGCGUCGCAGGACGGCAAGCUCAUCGUGUGGGACGCCUACACGACCAACAAGGUGCACGCCAUCCCGCUGCGCUCGUCGUGGGUCAUGACGUGCGCCUACGCGCCCUCGGGCAACUUUGUCGCGUGCGGCGGGCUCGACAACAUCUGCUCGAUCUACAACCUGCGCGCCAAGGAGGGCUCGGGCGUCAAGGUCGCGCGCGAGCUCAGCGCCCACACGGGCUACCUCUCGUGCUGCCGCUUCCUCAACGACCGCCAGAUCCUCACCUCGUCCGGCGACAUGAGCUGCAUGCUGUGGGACGUCGACGCCGGCGUGCGCGUCAUCGAGUUCAACGACCACACUGGCGACGUCAUGAGCCUGUCGUUGGGCCCGAACCAGAACGUGUUUGUCUCGGGCGCGUGCGACACGACGGCCAAGGUGUGGGACAUCCGCACGGGCAAGGCGGUCCAGACGUUCACCGGCCACGAGUCCGAUAUCAACGCCGUCUCCUUCUUCCCGAACGGCGACGCGUUCGCGACGGGCUCGGACGACGCCUCGUGCCGCCUGUUCGACCUGCGCGCCGACCGCGAGCUCAACCAGUACACGCACGACAACGUCCUGUGCGGCAUCACGUCGGUCGGCUUCUCGGCCUCGGGCCGGCUCCUCUUUGCCGGAUACGACGACUUUAACUGCAACGUGUGGGACACGCUCAAGGGCGAGCGCGUCGGCGUCCUCGCCGGGCACGAGAACCGCGUCAGCUGCCUCGGCGUGUCGGCCGACGGCAUGGCGCUGUGCACGGGCUCGUGGGACAGCAUGCUCAAGAUCUGGUCCUAGAAGCUGCCGUCCUCGGCCGCCGUCGUCUCGUUUUCCCCGCGCCUAUACCCUCGAGCCGUGCCUCGUCCGGAACCUCGCAGUGCCGUCCCUCUGCACUUGUCCUCGUGCCUCCUAUGGCCGUCGUUGCCAUCGCCUCCCUACCCCUCCUUCGUCGUCUCCAGUCUGUCCUCGAGUAGUUCCCUCCUCUUCCCUUUCAUCCUCUCUCUCCCUCUACUCCUUGCGUCCUCAUCUCUCGCUCUCUCUUGGCCUCAGCCGCUUGCGAUACCCCCCACUCCCUCGCUCUUCACCUCUGCGACGAGCCGUCCGGGCGUCGUCUCUCGUCCUCGUAAUCCAUUUUCGCCUCUGCCUC